AUGUCUAUUUCUCCCGUGGACUGUGUAUACUUGACGGAGGACUCCAUUAAAGAAUUGAAGAACUCGAAUUCGAAUUUCAGAUUUCCGUCGCCUGCACCUGUUCUCCGGUUUCUAUAUGAGCUAUGCUCCGCCAUGGUCCGAGGGGACUUGCCAUAUCAAAAAUGUAAAGCGGCAUUGGAGGCAGUAGAAUUCUUGGAUUGUGGUCCGGAAGGGGAUGUGGGGUCAUAUUUCGCUGAUAUUGUUGCCCAAAUGGCUCAAGAUCAUAAUAUGCUCGGUGAACAUCGGUCUCGCCUUACCAAACUGGCAAAAUGGCUUGUGGAAUCUGCUCUUGUCCCAUUGAGAUUUUUUCAGGAGCGUUGUGAUGAAGAAUUUUUGUGGGAGGCCGAAAUGAUUAAGAUAAAGGCUGCUGAUUUGAAAUCAAAAGAGGUGCGAGUAAAUACUCGUCUUCUUUAUCAACAAACCAAGUUUAACUUGCUUCGAGAAGAAAGUGAGGGCUAUGCCAAACUGGUUACACUCCUCUGUCAGGUUCCUGAAGCAUCAACUAAUAAUGCAUCAGCUGCAAUAGUCGGCAUUAUUAAGUCUUUGAUUGGUCACUUUGAUCUAGAUCCAAAUCGAGUUUUUGACAUUGUGCUGGAAUGUUUUGAGCUUCAGCUUGAUAACAGUGCUUUCUUGGACUUAAUUCCCAUAUUUCCCAAGUCCCAUGCAUCACAAAUUCUUGGAUUCAAGUUUCAGUAUUUUCAGCGCAUGGAAAUCAAUACUCCUGUCCCCACUGGGCUCUAUCAGCUCACAGCUUUAUUGGUGAAGAAAGAUUUCAUUGCCAUUGAUAGUAUAUAUUCACAUUUACUUCCCAAGGAUGAGGACGCAUUUGAGCAUUAUAAUGCCUUUUCAGCCAAGAGACUUGAUGAGGCUAAUAAGAUUGGGAAAAUUAAUCUUGCCGCCACUGGAAAGGAUCUCAUGGAUGAUGAAAAACAAGGAGAAGUGACAGUAGAUCUUUUUACUUCCUUGGACAUGGAAACAAUGGCUGUUGUGGAGAGAUCCUCAGAGCUCGCAAAUAAUCAAACUCUAGGCUUACUGAUGGGAUUCCUUGCCGUGGAUGACUGGUUCCAUGCUCAUCAACUAUUGGAGCGCCUCUCGCCACUUAAUCCGGUGGAACAUAUUCAAAUUUGUAGUGGAUUAUUUAGGCUCAUAGAAAAAUCCAUAUUUUCGGCUUAUAAAGUAGUAGGUCAAAAGCAGACUUUAAAUGGUGGUUUAUCCUCUGGCUCUGGUGCUGAUUCGGAGACAGGAGGUUCUUCGUCCAAUAGAUCUUUCGUUAAUCUGCCCAAAGAGUUGUUUGAAAUGCUUGCUUCUGUUGGACCGUAUCUUUAUCGUGACACUUUGUUGAUGCAGAAGACAACCAGAGUGUUGAGAGCUUAUUACCUUUGUGCCAUAGAGCUUGUUAGCGAUGGUGAUGGGGCGUUUAUUUCCCAUUCUGUUACAGUGGGAAAUCAAAAUCCUCGCCUACACCUGAAGGAUGCUAAAUUAAGAAUUGAGGAGGCACUUGGAACAUGCCUUCUUCCUUCUUUGCAGUUGAUACCCGCAAAUCCUGCAGUUGGUCAGGAGAUAUGGGAACUUAUGAGUGUCCUGCCCUACGAGGUGCGCUAUCGUUUGUAUGGUGAAUGGGAAAAGGAUGAUGAACGUUUUCCAAUGAUUUUAGUAGCCAGACAAACUGCAAGGUUGGAUACUAGAAGGAUUUUAAAACGUCUCGCCAAGGAAAAUCUGAAGCAGCUGGGAAGAAUGGUUGCUAAAUUAGCUCAUGCCAAUCCUAUGACAGUUCUUCGAACUAUUGUUCAUCAGAUAGAGGCCUACAGGGAUAUGAUUGCUCCAGUUGUGGAUGCAUUCAAGUAUUUGACACAGCUUGAGUAUGAUAUCUUGGAGUAUGUUGUCGUUGAACGCUUGGCACAAGGUGGACGCGAGAAGCUUAAAGAUGAUGGUCUCAAUCUGUCAGACUGGCUCCAAUCCCUGGCAUCAUUUUGGGGUCAUUUGUGUAAAAAGUAUCCAUCAAUGGAACUCAGGGGUCUUUUCCAGUAUCUUGUAAAUCAAUUGAAGAAGGGCAAUGGGAUUGAGCUUGUUGUCCUGCAGGAAUUAAUACAGCAGAUGGCCAAUGUCCAAUACACAGAAAACAUGACCGAGGAUCAGUUAGAUGCCAUGGCAGGAAGUGACACACUCCGUUAUCAGGCGACAUCAUUCGGCGUUAUGAGGAAUAACAAGGCAUUGAUUAAGUCCACUAACAGGCUUAGAGAUUCUUUACUCGCAAAGGAAGAGCCUAAAUUGGCAGUUCCGCUUCUGCUUCUUAUUGCCCAGCAUCGAUCUGUGGUUGUCAUAAAAGCAAAUGUGCCUCAUAUCAAAAUGGUUUGUGAACAGUUCGAUAGAUGCCAUGGAACCCUUCUUCAGUAUGUGGAAUUUCUUUGCAGUGCAGUGACUCCUACAUCAACCUACGCUUUGCUGAUUCCCACUCUUGAUGAACUUGUACAUCAAUUUCAUCUUGAUCCUGAGGUGGCCUUUUUGAUCUAUCGGCCAGUGAUGAGACUUUUCAAGUGUCAAAGUACUUCCAGUUCCUUCUGGCCUUUAGAGUGUAAUGAAACAGUGAAAUCUGCGACUGCUGAAAAGGAGCUGGAACCUACAGAUUCAUCAACCGAAUUGAUUCUGGAUCUUGGUUCUUCUCGCAAGCCUAUUUCAUGGCUUGAUCUUCUUGGCACUGUCAGGACGAUGCUGCCUCCAAAAGCCUGGAAUAGUUUGUCUCCUGAUUUAUACGCAACCUUCUGGGGUCUUACUCUAUAUGAUCUCUAUGUACCUAGAAGUCGUUAUGACUAUGAGAUUGCAAAGCUGCACGCUGCUCUUAAAGCUCUUGAAGAACUUUCUGAUAAUUCCAGUUCCGCAAUUGCUAAAAGGAAAAAAGAUAAAGAAAGAAUUCAAGAGUCUCUAGAUCGAUUAACUAUGGAACUCCACAACCAUGAAGAACACGUUGAGUCUGUGCGUCGUCGACUUGCUCGUGAGAAGGAUACUUGGUUGACUUCAUGUCCAGAUACUUUGAAAAUCAAUAUGGAGUUUCUUCAGCGCUGUAUAUUUCCACGCUGUACAUUCAGCAUGCCAGAUGCUGUAUAUUGCGCCAAUUUUGUAAAUACGCUUCAUUCCUUGGGAACACCAUUCUUUAACACCGUGAAUCACAUAGAUGUUAUGAUAUGUAAAACCUUACAACCGAUGAUAUGCUGCUGCACUGAGUAUGAAGUGGGUCGACUGGGAAGGUUCCUAUUUGAGACAUUAAAAACUGCUUACCGUUGGAAGAGUGAUGAAUCAGUAUAUGAGAGGGAGUGUGGAAACAUGCCGGGAUUUGCUGUCUAUUACAGAUAUCCAAAUAGCCAGCGUGUCACCUAUGGUCAAUUUAUCAAGGUUCACUGGAAAUGGAGCCAACGGAUCACUAAGCUACUGAUUCAGUGUUUGGAAUCAGCCGAGUAUAUGGAGAUUCGAAAUGCCCUUAUUAUGCUAACAAAAAUCUCAAGUGUUUUUCCUGUUACUCGGAAGAGUGGUAUCAACCUUGAAAAGCGGGUAGCUAAAAUUAAAAGUGAUGAAAGGGAGGAUCUGAAAGUUUUAGCCACCGGUGUUGCUGCUGCAUUGGCGGCUAGAAAGCCAUCAUGGGUUACAGAUGAGGAAUUUGGCAUGGGUUAUCUCGAUCUAAAGCCUGUUCCACCCCCUGCUACCAAGUCGUUAUCAGCCAAUGCUACUGCUCUACAAAACGGUGCUGGUCUUGGUGUUUCUCAAGCUGAGCAAUCUGGUGGUAGAACUGUUCCCGUGGGAAAUUUACAAUCAGAUUCUGGAAAUUUGAGCAGAGAUCCUAGAAGACUUGAUGUUGACAAUCUAAAACAGGUAGAUGAAUCAACAAACAAGCAGUUGGAGGAAAACUCAAAAGUUAAUUCGAAGACAUCUGUGGAGCCUGAGGCGAGGGCGACGGUGAAACGGUCUACAGCAGUUGGAUCUGUUGCUAAGCAGGCAAAGCAGGAUGCUGCCAAAGAUGAUGAAAAAUCUGGAAAGGCAGUUGGCAGAACUUCAGGAAAUGCUGCUACUUCAGCUAAAGUAGCAAACUCAUCUAGUAGAUCUUUGGAUCAUAACAAUGAAAUCAAAGCCGAGAUCACGAAUGCGAAGCCUUCUGAUUCAAGGGUUCAUAGCGGGAAAGACGAGGGUACUGAACACUUGGAUGCGCAUAAACAUCCAACUUCCAGACCUAUUCAUUCUCCCAGACCGGAGAAUCUUAUUGCAGCUUCGAAAUCCGCCGAUAAACCUCAAAAGAGAGUCAGUCCAGCUGAAGAAAAUGACCGCCUAAAUAAACGCCGGAAAGCAGAAACUGAUUUUAGAGAUGUAGACAGCACUGAAGUUCGACUGUCUGAAAAGGAGAGGACAGCUGAUGUACGAGGUCUAGAUAGACCUGGCUCUGAAGAACAGAGCAACAACAGGGUUACAGAUAAGCCAGUGGAUAGAUCAAAAGAAAAGAGCGGUGACCGAUAUGAUAGGGAUUAUAGGGAACGAUUAGAGCGCCCUGAAAAGUCACGAGGAGAUGAUUUUUUAUCUGAAAAGUCAAGGGACAGGUCACUAGAAAGGCAUGGAAGAGAGCGUUCUGUUGAGAGAUUGCAAGAAAGAGGUGCAGAUAGGAACUUUGAUAGGCUAGCAAAAGAUGACAGAAGCAAAGUGCGUUAUGCUGAAGUAUCUGUGGAGAAAUCACAUGUAGAUGACAGAUUACACGGGCAAGGCUUGCCUCCACCUCCGCCUCUACCACCUCAUCUCAUCCCACAGUCCCUCAGUGCCGGUAGAAGGGAUGAAGAUGCUGAUAGGCGAUUUGGAAAUGCCAGACAUGCACAAAAGCUUUCUCCAAGAAAUGAAGAUAGAGAAAGGAGAAGAUCGGAAGAGAAUGCUUCAGCAUUACAGGAUGAUACAAAAAGGAGAAGAGAAGAUGAAAUUCGUGACAGAAAGCGUGAUGAGCGUGAUGCUGCAGUAUCAACAAAGAUAGAGGAGAGGGAGAGGGAUAAAGCAAACACUAACAAGGAAGAUAUGGAUCCAAAUGCUUCGAAAAGACGGAAACUCAAAAGGGAGCAUAUACCGUCAGAACCUGGAGAGUAUUUACCAUCCGCACCUCAAUCUCCUGCCCUUUCAAUUAACUUGUCGCAAUCUCACGAUGGAAGAGACAGGGUAGACCGCAAGGGCAUUGUAGUCCAACGACCUGCUUAUGUAGAGGAUCCUGGCCUGAGGGCUCACAGCAAAGAAGCAGCCAGCAAAACAACUCGUCGCGAUGCUGACCCGAUGUACGAUAGAGAAUGGGAUGACGACAAGAGGCAGAGAGCUGAACAAAAGAGGAGGCACCACCGCAAAUAAACUCCGCUAAUAGUUCGACAGACUGAAACUUGCAAGUGGGAAGUGAUAUUGUAAGUUGAGUUGCUUCUAAUUUUUAAAUUGUGCCGAUUGUUUGAAAGAACAGAAAGAUUUCUGAAAGGCGGGCGGGCGAAUUUCUUAUGAUGAAUCAUGUAACAUUAGAAAUUAAAUUUUGAGGGAGACUAUGUGUACUCGUGUUGUGUAUUAUGUACAUUGCUAUAUAUGUUACGACCAAUCAGAAAGGAUAAUGUAGAAGUUGAAGACGUUAAUUUGUCUCGACCUAUUUUUUCUUCAUCAUGAUUCACCGAUCUGUUGUAUUCAAAUAACGCGGGCAUAUUCAUAGAAAAUGAGUUUGAAGGUUCAGUUUACUGUAAUAUUGCGGCGAUAGAAUAAAAAUAGCUGUUGUAUUUU